AUAGAAUACCAAGGAAAGGAGUCUGAAUACCUUUGUCCAGAACGUCUACAGCGUGCUCUAAAGUGUCCUUCAUAUGUUCCAUCCAAUCUUCCCUUUUUCCCCGAACGUUCACCAUCAACCAAUUGCUCUACUUCUCCGCUAUCAUCGCCAUUUCCAAAACGCUUUCCUGAUAAAAAAGCUCGGCCAGCGACUCUCAAUCUACAUUAUAGGCCUAUACUCCAUCUUCCGGAGUGUAGUUUAGUUUAUGAGCUAAACAAUCUUAAAAUGGUGACUCGACUUGAAAGUGUUAAGGAAUUAAUUGAUCCAAGCGGCUGCUAUCGUAUUGUGCUUUGA